AUGUUCCACACCAAAGACACACCCAACUUUAGCAAAGCCAUGAGCCGCUUCACGCGCGAAGACCCUACAUUCCGAGUCCAUACCGACCCCGAAUCGCAAGAGACCAUCAUCUCCGGUAUGGGAGAACUACAUCUGGACAUCUAUGUCGAGCGCAUGCGCCGCGAAUACCGCGUCGAGUGCGAAACCGGACAACCACAAGUCGCCUACCGCGAGACAAUGACCAAGCGCGUCAACUUCGACCACACGCUCAAGAAGCAGAGUGGUGGGUCAGGAGAUUACGCGCGAGUAGUCGGCUGGAUGGAGCCAAGCGAAGCUGCUGGUGAGAACAAGUUCGAGCAACAGAUUUCCGGAGGCACCAUCUCCGAGAAGUUCCUCUUCGCCUGUGAAAAGGGCUUCAUGGCAUCCACAGCCAAGGGCCCGCUUCUCGGCCAUAAGGUUUUGGGUACUUCCAUGAUCAUCAACGACGGAGCUACCCACGCUGUCGAUUCCUCGGAAAUGGCCUUCAAAAUGGCCACCCAGCAAGCUUUCCGCAAAGCUUUCCAGGCCGGUGCGCCUCAGGUACUUGAGCCGCUUAUGAAGACGACCAUCACGGCGCCGAAUGAGUUCCAGGGUUCUGUUGUUGGUCUUCUGAAUAAGCGCAAUGCUGUUAUCAACGAUACGGAGAUUGGUCCGGAGGACUUUACUGUCUAUGCGGAUUGCAGUUUGAACAGCAUGUUUGGCUUUAGCAGCCAGUUGCGUGCUAGUACGCAGGGUAAGGGGGAGUUUAGCAUGGAGUUUAGCCAUUACAGUCCCGCGCCGCCGCAGCUGCAGAAGGAGCUUGUGGCAAAGUAUGAGAAGGAACAGCAGGCUAGGAAUGCGUAA